GAUAAUUUAAAUUCCAAGUGCAAGUGUUUUUUUUAACAAAAUUUCUAUAUAAUUCUAUUUACAAUGAGGUCCGAACAAAGACGUCUAAAUUCCUUCCUAAUCUUGGCAACAAUCUUCAUUUGCCACAUUUCAAUUUCCCUCACAAAUGCCGCCAUUUUGGAGACAUCAUCCCAAACGACGACAGCGCCAUCUCUUGAUGAAAACGUGAAGAUCGAAAAUCCAAAAUGUGAAGAAGCCGAAGGCAACAAGUUCACCUGGGCGGAUUAUUCCGUCCUGGCAACUAUGUUAAUAAUAUCAUGUGGAAUUGGGCUGUUUUAUGGCUUUGUGGGGCCCAAACAGACGACCAGCACUGAUUUUUUGCUUGGCGGAUCUGAUAUGGGCACUUUGCCUAUGUCUAUGAGUCUCACAACAAGUUUUAUUACGGCGAUAGAGCUCCUGGGGAAUCCUUCAGAGAUGUACGCCUACGGCACCCAAUACUGGCUAAUCUGCCUGGCUUUCCCCAUAGUUUUGCCCAUUGCUGGAAGUGUCUUUUUACCAGUUUUCUGCAAACUUAGACUAACAUCUUGCUACGAAUAUUUAGGACUAAGAUUCGACAGAAGGUUAAGGAUUUUAGCAAGUGCCAUGUACGUUGGCCAGAUGAUCCUUUAUACCUCGGUUGCUGUCUAUGCACCUGCCUUGGCAUUAAGCCACGUUACUGGUCUGAACACCUACAUAGCAGUGACCCUGGUCUAUGCAGUUUGCAUCUUUUACGCCUCUCAAGGAGGAAUGAAAGCUGUGAUUGUGGCCGACAGUUUCCAAACUGCAGUUUUGAUGCUGAGUUUAAUUGUUAUUUUGUGCCUGGGACCGACGAUUGCAGGAGACGAAAAUGCCAAAUGGUACAAUGUUUGGAAAUCUGCUGCAGACACUGGCAGGAUGGACUUCUUGAAUUUCGAUCCAAGACCGACUACAAGACAUACAGUUUGGAGUGUUGUCCUUGGAGGAAGUUUUUAUUGGGCGUCUAUGUUCUGCACGAAUCAGGCAUCUGUACAGAAAUACAUGUCUGUGGGUUCUCUUCGACAAGCUAAACAAGCCCUCUGCAUAGCAUGUGUAGGCCUAAUCCUGGUGUUCUCAAUUAAUUUCUAUACUGGUUUAGUAAUGCAUUCGCAUUACGAUACAUGUGAUCCUCUAAUCACAGGAGCAGUGACUGCCAGUGACCAAUUGCUACCUCUUUAUGUGAUGCAGGUGUUGGGCAGUAUGCGUGGUGUUGCCGGUUUAUUCGUAGCAGGUAUAUUUGCUGCUUCUUUGGGCACAGUAGCUGCUGCUUUGAAUUCCCUAUCAGCAGUCACCUGUGAAGAUUUGUUGAGUGCUGGGUUAGGCAUCAGGAUGGCUCCCAGUAAAGGCGCUUUUUGGGCCAAGUGGUUGUCUUUGGCAUACGGGAUCAUAUCUUUUGCUCUGGUGUUUGUGGUUGAACGAAUGGGAGGAGUACUACAGGUUGCUUUGAGUUUCAACGGCAUGGCAGGUGGUGUAACACUUGGUCUAUUCACCUUAGGAAUGUGUGUACCUAGGGCAGUCUCUCGAGGAGCCCUUUGGGGAGCCGCUUGUGCCCUAGGGCUUGUCCUGUGGUUAGGUUUAGGCGCACAAAUUGCUGGUGAGCCUACGCCGUUUCUACCAGGGGAUAUACAUGGGUGCGAAUGCUUGAAUGCUACUGUUGUCGUAAUCGAGCACAUCACAAAGAGUGAUGCCAAAAGUUCUUCAUCAAUCUACAACGUGUCGUACUUGUGGUACAGUGCCUUAGGAUGCAUGACGACUGUCAUUGUCGGAGUUAUCGUAUCAGAAAUCUCAAGGUUGAUCGGCCUGGAAACAGACGUAGAACCAACUCAUACCGAUCUGCUGAGUCCACCAGCCAGAUGGUUCACAUCAUCUCCAGAUGCCAAAGUUAAUGGUACGGAACUCAAUGCAGCAAGUGGUGUCAAAAUCGACAGUGCCACCGGUAAAAGAUCGAAUUAUGGUGGUGAGACCAAUUUGGCACUCAGUUUGGACGAAAAUCCAGAAGUCGCGAGGCAUAUAUAGAAGUAAUAAAGUGAGUGGUAUAGUUUUUAUAAUGGACAAAAAUAAAAUAUGAACCAGUUAAACAAAGACUCUCAAGCCAAAUAUUGUUCUUUUUGAUAAUCUCAUUUAUAUUUAAUUUAAAAUUAGGUUUUUUAAGUUUGUGCGUUUGAAAGCUUAGCUCAUAGUCGCUAGAUUAGAUUUUAAUAAACGCUUAGU